CUCGCAGACAUAGAAUCAGACACCUCGUCUCGCCUCUCUCUCUCUCUCUCUCUCUCUCUCUCUCUCUCUCUUCCAAAAUUCAAAUUUCUCGAUCGCUUCGUCUUCUCCAUCGCUUGCUCGACCCCGCCGUAAAUCCCAUCAUAAUUCGUCAUCGUUCCCGCGGGAUCUUCGUGCUUGAUCGAUCGAUCGUUCCCAUGGCGACGGCGACGACGGCGGAGACGGUGACGACGACGACGAAGACAGCGUUGAGCAAGAUCGAGAGGGCUCACCAGAUGUACCGCGAGGGGAGGCACGAAGAAGCCCUAGGGCUCUACACGGAGGCUCUCGCCAUGGCCAAGACCAAGGCGCAGAAGAUCGCCCUCCACAGCAAUCGCGCCGCGUGUUACCUCAAGCUCCACGAUUUCAAGAAGGCAGCAGAAGAAUGUACAGCAGUUCUUGAAUUGGACUACGAACACACAGGAGCUUUGAUGUUGCGCGCGCAAACGUUGGUUACCCUCAAGGACUACCAAUCAGCACUUUUCGAUGUGAAUAGGCUGAUUGAGCUAAAUCCAUCAUCUGAAGUGUAUCGGAACCUAUAUGCGCGAUUAAAGACACAGCUCUCUCUAGCUCCAAUUCCAGAAUCUGACGAAGAAAUGUUGUAUCUCGAGGAAGAUAAAGAAGAAGAAGAAGAAGAAGCUGCGUCUUCAAAAGUGAACAAAAACGAUGAGUCUUCCAUCAUUAAAUCCGUAUCGCCUGUAACUAAGGCUCCUAAGCCUGAAUCCUUUACUAAUAAAAUUCCUGCAAAACCAAAGGCCGACUCUACCAUCACUAAAUCCGUACCAUCUGUUACUCAGGCUCUUAAGCUUGAGUCCUCUACUAAUAAAAUUCCUGCAAAACCAAAUGGUUGGGAGGCAAUACCAAAGCCGAAAGGGCACUCAGGGCUUGAUUACUCGAGAUGGGACAAGGUUGAAGAUGAUUCUAGUGAAGAGGAAGAUGAUGAUGUAGAAGAGCAGCAACCUCAGUAUCGGUUCCGUGUUAGAACUGUUGGUGUGCGGCCCGUGAAGUGAGCUGUAUAUUAGAGAAGGCUAAAUCAUCUUCUUUUUUUUUUUCUUUUUUUUGUGUGUGUAAAGUUUAUAGAAGAUUUACGUUAGGCAAAACCAUAUAGAGACUUCCUGAACUAUACUGUAUUUUUGAAUGGGUUCCUGAACUAUAAAAGCUUUGAUUUCAGUACCUAAUAUUUUAUUUAGUUCCUCUACGACAGUGAAUACUCCAUGAAUAAUGAGAAUAUUCUGUCGAAAUAGUUAGAAACAACACUAAACUUUGAUGGAGAGGUGGUGAAAUCAGAAGCGACAAAAAGAUUAGGCAUGGAAUUAAAAUUUUUAAAGUUUGGGUUCCCAUUUUAAAAUGCAUUAUAUACAGGUAGUUUUUGUACACUUUAUCACUGUCUUACAAGAUCAAUUAGCUUUAUCACAACCAGAAAAGACCAGCUUGAUGAUGGGGUCGACCUAACUAGUCGAUGGUGAUCUUCCCGUUGUUCCUACUUCAGUCGCACUGUAUAUAUACACAGGAGUUAUUUGGUUUCUGAAGUUUUCAGCUACAAUCAUGUGGCAGUUCUGAACAAACGGUAUGACAAUCCGCUUUCUGUCAGUCCUGCGAUGUAUUAAAUUUGAUAUCAUCGAAGUUGUUGCCCAUGUACAUGUAUGUUCUUUGCAAUUGGAUAAUUUGACUUAAACAAUGAUUAUAUUUUCCAAUUCAUAGUAAUGGACGUAUUGUGCUUGGCUCCUUAGUAGAGCUGUUCCUUUA